AUCCUCUGGGACAACAGCUACUCUGUUCACCCCCUUCACUUCCACAUGACGCCAUUUACAGCAUAAACCCGACCUCCUCUCCGGAAAGAAGAAAAAAACAAGAGCUGAAAAACUUGAAAGCAGCACAGUGUGUGCCAUGCAGCCAAACAUUCAACUUGCGAACCGCAACGCUUCUUCUUGAAAAAGUCUUCAGCGUUUUUAUGCUUGUUUUCUUCUAUAAAACUCGGCGCAUUUUGUUGGAUUCUGGAACUUAUUACUCUCUUUUUUUGCCAUAAUUAGCGGUUUAACAGCAAAACACAAACUCCGCUGCGUUCUUGGGAAUAAAAAGUCUGACGAUAUUGGUUCGAGCGAAAAAAAUACGCGAAUACGGGGACGCGCGACUGUUUGCUAUCAUCGGGAUUUUUGUGAAUGAAUCUCCCCAUGAACUGAGGACUAACCAAUUCCUACUAGUAGGAUAUACUCUUCAGAACACAAAUAGGGGGUUGAGGUGGUGAGAUCACGGACUUCAGAUGUGUUCAAUGCCAGCCGGAGGGUUCCCACUUCAGAGUAAAGAUGGAGACGAGAACUCAAAAUGGCGGCAGCGGCUCCUCUGGCUUGCUGCGAGCUUUGCGUGACAGUGGCAGGCCACAGACUGGGGACUCUGAGCCUUGGGAUGGUCAGGUGCUCUCCCUGGAUCAGAUCAGGACCAUCCGUGGUAGCAAUGAGUACACGGAGGGCCCGACGGUGGCGCCACGGCCCCCGGCCUCUGAGCAAAAAACGGAUUCACAAGCUUCCAGCCCAACUUCCACCAGCUCUAUUGAGCUGCCCGAGCAUAGGAACUCCCUGAGGGCUCAGCAGGCAGGACAGCAGACUCCUCAACAAGCCCCGAGGGGAGGCGUGAGCAGAUCCAUCAGUGGCACCAGCGAUGGUUCACACAGUACCACCAGGGCCAGCACUGGCAGCACCUCAUCGGAUCAAAGACUUUUGGGAAAUGCAGGUGAUCGCGUGGUAAGGGUGCAGCCUAAACGUUCUGAGCAGAAGCAGGAGGAACUGAAGCCUUUGUCAGCACCUGUCGGCCCGGCGCCCGAUGGCAAGCACUCGGUUCUCUGCGAGGACUGCGGCCGCUGCAAGUGCGAAGGAUGCACCUGCCCUCGAACCCUGCCCUCAUGUUGGAUGUGCGGCCGCAGGUGCGUUUGCUCUGCAACAUCCGCGAUGGACUAUGUGACUUGCGUCUGCUGCGUCAAGUGCCUGUUCUACCACUGCUCUAGCGACGAUGAGGAUGUGUGCGCGGACAAGCCCUUCUCCUGCACUCAGUCGCAUUGCUGCAUGCGGUGGUCGGCCAUAAGCGUCCUGGCACUUUUCCUGCCCUGCCUGCUUUGCUACCUCCCGGCAAAGGGCUGCGUGGCAUUGUGCCAGGCCUGCUACGACUGCACCAGUCGGCCAGGAUGCCGCUGCAAGAACAAAGGAGUUGAGAAAUAGAGGUUGCUCGGUUCCUGGAGUAGCACUAGGGGAAGAUACGUUUAUCCGGGACUGUCUCCAGAGCAGUGGAAAAUUAUUGGCAAACUGUUGUAGUUUUGGCACUGUAAACCAAGAGGUGACAGUGGAUUGGCAAAAACUGGUUUGAAGUGGUUUGUUUGUUUGUUUGUUUGUGUUUUGCUUUUCUCUUAUCCACUUUCUCUCUCUUUCUUUCACUCUUUAAGGGGGGUAAUGUUUGUCGCAACAGCCUUCCCUGUUCUUUUCAUUUUAAACUGAAGUCCAGAAUGUUAGCCCUAUUGACAUUCAGUAAUAUGACUGAUAAAGGUGACAGACUCUCCUAACUAACUGUUUGUGAAUAGUAUCUGCGAAAGUAUGUAAAUUAGCAAAUGAGCUCUUUUUCUGAGAGAUUUUAUUUUUGUACAUAUAAUAUUUCAACUGUGAAAAGCAUUGUGCCAAACCAGAGGCACCUUGACAGAUCCAUAUAUAUGAUGCAUAUAUAAGACGUGUAUAGUGCUGUACGUUCGUUCCCGAACGUACACCAAUCACUCUUUUGAUAUUUCGCCUUCUAGAAGAGAAACCUUACAUGAAUUAUCCCUACAACUAUACUUGUAAAUUGUACAGUGACCCUAAGAAAAACUUUAUUUUCUAAUUUCAACACAUUGUUUAGUGUAAAAAUAUUUAUUUGAAGUUUUAUUAUUUUAUAAAGUAAUAUUUAUUUUGAGAGGCAUCUUUAUAGGUAUCACCCCAACUUUGAGAAACAAAACCUCCUCUGUUGUUGCUGCAAGAAAAGGGUGACAAGGGUGUCAAAUCCGAUGCAUAUGUUCACUAUAAAAUAGAAAAUAUAUUAACGUUUUGAAAUUAAACAAUGCAUUUCUUGUGUU